AUGGCGCGUGCGGUUGCACAUGGAAAGACAACGCCUCGGGUGUUUCUGCACCUGUUGUGCAAACACGUAAAUGGGUCUGAAUGGAUCGCGGUGGCAACAACAAGUUGUCCUCAAGAGCGAAACGUCGUCCAGGCUCGACAGGAGAACUUUUCAGUAGAGGUUAAUGAGAUUUUGUCAUAUCUGAUCAAGCCUUUGACGAAUACCUGUCUUGUGAGAUAAUUGAAGAGGAGGCAAAAAAAUCUAAUAUCCGACAAAAUCGCAAAAAUUACCUUAGUCGGUUACACAAACUACUGAAGAAAACCUAGAAAUUAUGGUUCAAUUUUCUUGCGAGAAAAAACUUUUAGCUUGAAAAGUUUUUUGUAGAAAAUUCACAAAAGUCAUUCGAAGUCUCAAUUUUUAAGAUUCCAUUCGCUCAUUCUCUUGAGUCCUACUAUGUUUUUUCAAAAAAAAACUUUUUUUUUGCAGGAAUCUAUGUGAAGUGCUUUUUUCAAAGUUUUUACGGAGACCUUUUCGUUUUCGGGAAAAAAUCAGAACAGGAAGUUUUUUCUGAGAAGAGUUAGUUAAUUACUUUCAUCAUUAAGUUAUCAUAUAAAAAGAAAAAAUUACCCGCAAACAAAAAUUGGAAUGAAAAUUAAUCUAUCUCCAAGGUGUAACUUAACAGUUCCUAAUUCAAAACAGACGGCAAAGUGAUUUAUCGCCCGCCAAUUUAGCAGCUAUGCAAACGGCUCUGUUUUCCGCCAAUCCGGACAAUGUUUUACAGCGAAUCCGUGCUCGUAAACUCUGAAACGCACCGGUCCGGGGAGCACGCACAGUCGUAAACGGCGAGGCAACACAUGGUUAAGGUGUGUCGCCGUCGCAACCGCGGCGCUUCAGAAUCAAGUGGACCGUCUUUUUACAACUUUUAUCAUAUGCGGUUAGGCAGAAGCUGACCUAUUUUUGGAUAAAAUAGCUAUAGUCAAUUGUCAAAAAAUAAUAAUUGGUGAAAAUUAAGACUUGGGGUUUUUGUUUUUGCAUUACGGGGAAAAGUUGAAAAUGAAAGAAAUUUUUUUUAGCAGAAAAUUGAAAAAGCAACUUCGAAUAUGAGCAUAAUGAACGAUUUUUUUACGAGCUUAAUUAAUAAACUUCAUGACUGGCAUCUGAAUUCCUGAUACUAUGAAAAAUAAAGUUUUUCGACACAUUUUUACCGAUUAAAAAAAAUUAUUUUUCUGAAAUAUUUUCAACUUCACUUUUUUAUGCUUUUUGAGAGCGAGAAAUCUAAAAUUCCUGACGCCAAAAUUACACAUUUGAAGCGGAAGGAAUAGAAAAAAAUUGAAAAAAAAAAUGAAAACGCUUUUUCAAGGAUUCAGCUGAGAAAUGAGAAGUUGAAAGUAGGCUCGGCUAGGUGUUUUCACAAACGUUCCGUUUGCAGAGGAUAAGCGUAAGCCCCCAUAAAUCGUAGAGCCAAGAGGAGAACGGAAAAAAGUAGCCAUAGCGGUGGUAAUGGACAGCUUGUCGCCCUGCCGUUGAACUUGCUGAGAAGUUUAUGAGACGAAAUGAUUCAAAUUACCGUUUCAGAGAGUGUAAAUAGUAGAAUAAAAUGCAAAAUAAAUGUUGCAGAACCAACAAAAAAGUGAAGAUUGUGUACAACUGCAUUUCUUAGAGAUAAUAGGCGUAUCAAGAGCCGUCUGUCAGCAGCAGAAGAGUGAGAGAGAAAGGAUGAGGGUCAUGGAUGAUAUAAUCAGAAAAGGGAGAAGGUUGAUUUAGAUGUUUGUACAGCGGAAGGCGACACAUAAUGUCUCUCAGGCAUUCAUUCAUGCGCUCAAAUCUCGACAGCCUCUACGAAAACCUAUCUUUUCCCCAGUCGGCCAUUUGUUUAAAGUUCCCGCCAAACUUUAUGGGUUUCAUGGGUCAUUAUGUUAAAGCGUUAAAAGCCAGCGGCUAGUACACAUAUCGUAAAGAAUGGCGUUCCAAAAAGCAAUAUCUUUGGACUUUGGCUUGUACGGCUUAAAGCUCAGGUUUUCCUAUUUGCGGGAUUUUAUGACCCAGUUGUAAGUUAAAAAAUGGCCCUCUACAGAAAAGUCAUCUAAAGGAUUUUCUGUAGAACGGGUCGAAAAAUGUGAUAAUGUUCUGUUGAAAGCUGAGUUUUACAUAUACUUUUUGAGAUAAGAGUUUUUAUGAAUUUCUGUUAAGCAGAGAAUGCUCAAGUGGUGUAAGUAUUUUUGAUAUCAUCCGACAAAUAAAUAGCAAAAUAGAGGAGAAUCUACAAGAGGCAAUCUAAAAAAGAACAUAGUCAAUAAUUAGUCCCAGAAACUUGUUUUCAGAGUUUUCUUGAAAUUUUCUUCACUUCAGAGCUCAGGAUGUUAUUUUGAUAACUCUCAGAAACAGAAAGUUGAAAAAAAUCUUAUGCGAUUUUGGUCCCUAACUUUGACUAGAAAGAAGAAAAAAACAAAACUGAAAAGAAUGGAAAGUCGCCGAGAUAUGCAGGUUUGCAUAUUCAGAUCUGUAAUGGGCGGACGACGGUCUGGCCGCGGAAACAGCCGAAAGAAGCACAAAUAGGCGCCGACAGAUGCGCGCGAGCACACACUCGCCGGCGUGUCCGGUGUUCUGCUACCGUGUUCCACUCCAUGCUUUUAUUUCCUGAGACUAACUCCCAAGUAUGA